AUGGGUGUAUACCACGACACGCGAUGGCAUGACUUAUUGGAUCCUUCGAUUGUAUGUCAACUGCAAGCAUCUGAGGUGUUGGGAGGUAAACGAGGAGCUCCUCGAUGUCGGAAAUGGCGAGAUACUUUGCGACCGCCGCGACAGUGUCGGGUUGGAUCAUUUGCGUGUGGAGUUGCUUGGAUAUUGAUAUUGUUGAUGGUUCUGGUGCCUCCAGCUUACGCUGCGCUGUUGGAUUUCGAUAACUGCCUAGGAAAGUCCAUUAUCGAAUCGAACCCACGUCAACUACAAUUCGUCCCGCUUGAUGUAUCAGUUGUCUUUGAUCUUGACAGCCCACUGCGUGAUCUGAAUGUGACAGUGUACGGCAACGUUUCUGGGACUGCCGAUCGGCGAUCUUCUUAUCCAUCUCCUGAUGACCCCCAGUGGGCUAACCUGAAUGAGACCGUGGGAAAGAUCACAGAUUUAGAUACGACGAAUAACAAAUACUCUACCUUGUUAACCUCUGUUAACGUGGUUAGCUUUUCUCCUUACAAUGAUCCAUCCAGAUUUUGCGAUUCUGUUACCCAAGGGGCAUGUCCGCUAGGUCCUGUUUUCAACGUGAACUCGAGCGAUUUAAAUGCCCUGCGAGCCUUUUCCUUUCAACAUGCCAUGGAUUCAUCGUACCGUUUUUCCACGUUGUCGUCGACAUUCACAAUAAAAUCCGGUGAUGCCGCGGCUACGGUACUUGGAUGCAUAUCUGUCGACAUCACGCCAGACUUAGGAUCAUCUUUGAAGAGCUCGUUGGCCUACGUGCCUUUGGUGAUUCUCCUAUUGGUAGCGGUGACUACUAUAAUUGCGGCAAUUUUCAGUCCAUGGGGUACGACGGAUCCGUUCCACUGGACUAGCAAUUACGGCCGCGACGAGGAUGCUCUGCGACUAGUGACCCCUGGAUUUGGGGAUUGUCUCCAAUACAUACAGUUUGCGGUGCUAACGGGGGGACUGUCUUUGAACUACCCCGGGUAUUACCAGCCUGUGGUUAGUCAGGUGGCUUGGUCGGCACUCAUGUUCAACCAGAGUUUCCUGAGUCCUGGUCAUGAGCGAAAUCCUGUUGCAGAUGGUGUUUACAGGGUUAACGCCACCGAUGGGCUGGAUAGGCUGGAGCACUAUGUCGGGAUGGCGUCGGCGCGUGACAUUUGGCCGAGCAUGAUGGUUUGGCUGCUCGUGAUUGUGGCCAUUGUCAUGCUUCUAAUCCAGCUUGCAUUUGCGUUUCGUUGGCUUCUUCGUGAGAUUGCAGGUAUCCCCGAGGAAGACCUUCGUGCGAAGAAUAUGCCGUUCACUGUUGGCAAUGUCAUCCGGAUUGUGUUUAACUACCUGCUUCUGCCCCUCAUCUCGGCUUCAUUUUAUCAGCUGGUCAUUGCAGCAAAAUCUCCUGCCUACUGUGUGGCUCUAGCAGUUGUAGUCAUCCUGAUUUUAGUUUCCUUUUCGAUUUGGACGAUUCGACUGAUCGCGACUACUCGCCCGAAGUCUUAUCUAUUUGACGAUCUUCCCAUGGUGCUCCUGUACGGCCCUCUGUACAACACUUUCUGUGAUGAUGCAGCUGCUUUUGCCGUGGUUCCAAUAUUCAUAUCUUUUGCUCGUGGUGUCGCAAUUGGAGCCCUUCAACCAUCCGGAAUAGCCCAAAUUGUGCUCCUUGCGAUCUGUGAAGUCGUUUCGCUCUUAACACUUCUGGCUUUCCGCCCGUUCCCAUCACCGACUUCUAUGAAUCUUUAUCACGCUUGUUUCACCGUUGUUCGGUUUCUCACUAUAUUGCUCAGUGUCGUUUUCGUUCCCUCCCUGCAGGUUUCACAGGCGGCCCGCGGUUGGAUAGGCUACGUGAUUCUUCUGCUGCACGCCCUGGUUCUUGUCUUCGGAUUCUUUUUAAAUGCUCUACAAACCCUAAUUGAAGUUAUAGCGCGAUUGGCUGGCGCAGGCGGGUACGAAGGUGGGGUUACUCGUGGCGGCCUAACAAAGGUGUUUGGCAUGCGGCAGCUCUCACGACGAGUUCCAAGGCGGGAACCUGGAACUCGUCAAAGUAUGGGCUCUGAAGCUGCGAUGCUAGCACAUACGGAUGACCGGCUGUCCUCUCAAUUCGAAGGAUCAAGACCGAGAAGUCUUUCUGGUAGCUCAGCUCUGCUACUCAACAGGGCGUGUGCUAGUGACGGUAGAACUAGUGCGAUCUAUGAGUCUGGCAGUGCCCACGGUGGAACCCAUAGCCGAGCUAACAGCAGUGGCCUAUUUACGCCCUCAACUCCAGGGGGUCACACGUCUUUCUAUGCUGCAGGCUACCAGACGACAGGUAGUAGCUCUCCUAAGAGCGGACCUAUAUUUGCUAUGCAUCCUCAGGAUCCCUAUUACCGCCCCCCUAGACCCCGUAGAAAGAUGACAGAAGGCAGCUCUGGAGAGAAAGGUAGAGGUAGUUCUCAGCGGGCAGCAGCUUAUGGCGAUGACGAUGAUAUAAUCGAAGGCCCACCAAUUUCCGGGAGAGCCACACCCAUUCCAGCUUACAUUCCUGCGCCCAAGGACGAUUUGGAUUACGAUGAUCCUCGACAGUCCACGAAAGACUAUGCAGUCCGCGAGGUCGAUUUCUAUUACCGAGUGCGGGGUCCUCCGUUAUCUCAGUCUGGCACACGUAAACUGAAAACGGGCCCAGCAGAUCCAACCGGGCCUGUGUCCUCUGCAACGGGAUUCUUCCGGCACUUGUUCCGUGGCAAAACGAAGGAGAAAGGAAAAGGGUUUGAAGUUGUCCGGAGCUCGAGGGCACCACCACCUGGGAUUUUCCCAGAGGGAGAGGAAUUCAAUGAGCCAUAUUCCGAUGAGCCAGAAAACCAGGAUGCUUCUGGCAACACGCGUCAAUCUUCUGAAGGGGACCGCCUCUAUCGUGAUUCAGAUGAUGAGAGUAAUAACCGACCCGUGAAUGAUGUUCCGGUCAGUUUACCGCAUAUCGAUGCUGGUGGUGCUAUCGAACUUCCCAAUCGCCUGGGGUCGCCCCGUAGUUCACGGCUCCCAUCAUUGGUGGUAGAGACCUCUCUGAAUACAGGGCAACAGCAUGGCACCGUGAAAUCGUUAGACCUUGGUAAAGAAAAUUCAUCCCAAAAAUCUCUACCAGCGGUGACAGAGGCCGUAUCGGGGGCUUCUAGAGAUUUCCAUAUGCCUGACGAGCCUGCUUUUACUCAAGGGCAGCUUCACCCUUCUUCGUCCGGUACCGGACGACUGCCUUUUAGCGCUACUAGUUCGCCAUCACGGGAUCGAAAUUUCUCUAUCGCGUCAACGACGGCGUCGACGUCUUCAAGCCAUCGCCAUGCACGAGAUGGAAAUAAUCAGUCUCGCAUUGAUCGUCCAUCUAGUAUGGGAUAUGUUGCUCAAUAUCGUACCCAGGACAAUAUUCACGAGGCCAGUCCGGAUGAGCCGUCUUUUACAGGAAGUGCCGCAGAGCUUGUGGACGGGCCACAUCACCUAGAGGGAGAACGAUAA